AUGGCACCCAAAAAGACCACCAAGCCUGCCGAAGUUAAGAAGGCAGCAGAACCCAAAACAAAAAAAACUACAAAAACAACUAAAGUCCCAGCAAAAACCAAAACGCCCACAAAAACUAAAAAAACUACUUCUAAAAAGAAGGUUACAGAGGAAGAAGCCUCAGUUUCUAGCGAACAAGAACAAUUAUCCGAACCCGAAUACUCAAAUCAAGAACAAUCAGAUGGUUAUGUUGAUUAUCAAGAGACUGAAGAAGUUCCUAUUGACGAAGUAAACCAAGAACAGUCGGAAGGUGAAGACAACAAAAGUUCUGUUGACGAUGAGAAGAUCAACGCUAACAGAAUUUUUAUAACAAGAAUAGCUUUCGAGGCCACGAAAGACGAUCUCGAAGAUUACUUCAAAAAGUUCGGAACGGUUUAUGACGCUUACUGCCCAAAGCAAAAUAACUACAGCGGACUGAACAAGGGAUUCGGAUUUAUAUCCUUUGAAAAUGAAGAGUCCAUAAAAAAGGUUUUUGAGACGGGACCGCACGUAAUAAUGGGCCGCGAGGUAAUAGUUGACAGAGCCACGGGAACUAAAUACCAUUCCAGUGAGUUUAGAAGGCUAAACGAUUUCUCCGGUUCGAACGUACCCAGGAGGCAUUACCCACCACCACACAGAAGAUUCAGAGAUUACUAUCCUGACAGUUUCAGAUUCAAGAGACACUUUGACUCGUAUCCAGAUUAUCCCAACAAGUACCCGAGAAGAGAAAGACAUUACGAACGUGAUUCAUACUACCAGAACGUGCCUCCAUACAGACAAAGUUCCAACUCAUCCACCUUUGAUCCAAACAAACCCGUUAGCUUCGUCUUUUCUGGCUCCAGAAACGAGAGUAGAAAUCACGACUCCUACUCAAGAACUUUUUCCAACGGAUCAAGAAAUGGUAGAGACAGGAACGCACCCAAACUCUUUGUCGGCCGCAUAGGUUUUGAAACGAGUGUUCACAGUCUCAGGUCCUACUUCUCUCAGUUCGGAGAUGUCAUCGACGUCUACAUUCCCAAGGGUAGGUCUACUAAUUCAUAUAUUACUCCAGACGCGCAAACCCAAAAAGGAAAGGGCUUCGGCUUCCUAACUUUUGCAAACAAAAGUUCCAUUCACACAGUCCUAGAUCCAAACCUUAAACACGUUAUUGACGGAAGAGAAAUAAUCGUUGACUACGCUGAUGUCCACACCAGAAGGAUUUAA